UCCAAGCACAAAUAGUCCAUUCCAUUGUAAUCCCCAUAUGCAGUCCAUCCAAAUAUGACACUAUAACGCUCAUAUUCCGUACUGCACCUUUGAAAAUCAACUGAAUACUCUUCAAACAACGUGCAGUUGCCUCUGUUUUUUAGCGUAGGCAACUUUUUUUAAUAGCAGAAUGUGUUCAUUCAUCCAAAUAGUCAGAGCAAUAUUGACGUUUAUCCAACAACUCUACCGAAUUGCACUCUGAAUUUUCUAAUACAAUUAAAAAAAAAAAAACACUUAACAAACGUCAUCUCAAACGUCAUACACAGUCUCAAUCUAAUCCAGAUAUAUGAUUUACUUCACUCAACAGAACAAAAUACACACAAGUUUCAUCAAUCGAAACAAACAGACUCAUUUUCUCAUUCCAUUGAUUUCCCAACAUGGUGCAUACUCACAUAGUCCUCAUUUCUGUUCCAUUUCAAGGAGUCAUAAAUCCAAUAUUCCAAUUCGCCAAGAACCUCAAAAGAAUGGGUGUCAAGGUCACCAUACUCUCAAGCGUCUCUGCCCAAAAUCGCAUGGCAAAAGCCUCUUCUUCAACCCCAGAUGGCCUAACCUUCGUUUCCUUCUCCGAUGGCUACGAUGAUGGAGUCAAACUGGGUGAUAAUCUUGAACACUUCAGGUCCGAGAACAAGCUUCGAGGCUCCAAAGCCCUCUCAGAACUCAUAAAGGCCAGGUCUGAGGAAGGGUUCCCUGUAACAGGUGUGGUCUAUCCAAUGCUCCUUCCAUGGGCUGCCGAAGUGGCUCGUGAAUUCAACCUUCCCUCGGCGCCUCUUUGGAUUCAACCUGCCACUAUUUUCGCUCUGUAUUUCCAUUAUUUUAAUGGCUAUGGUGAUUUGAUUAAGAAAAUUUGCGAUGACCCUUCGUGUGCUAUUGAAUUACCCGGGUUGGGAAAGCUCACUAGUCGCGAUCUUCCCACUUUCAUGCUUCCUUCUAAUACAUUUAGUUUUGGGUUACCAGGAUUUAAAGAGCAGCUAGAUGCACUCGAUGCAGAAGUUAACCCGAAAAUACUAGUAAACACAAUUGAUGCAUUGGAAUCCAAGGCAUUAAGGGCUAUUGGGAAGCACAACUUGAUUGCAAUAGGUCCGCUAGUCCCAUCAGCAUUUUUAGAUGGAAAAGAUCCAUCUGAUAAUGCUUUUGGGGGCGACCUAUUACAAAAAUCAAGGAAUUAUGUGGAGUGGUUGGAUUCGAAGCCCCAAUCUUCAGUCGUGUACAUUUCGUUUGGAAGCUUCUUUAAUUUGCCAUUGAAAGAAAUGGAAGAGAUUGCACAUGGGUUGCUGGAAAGCAAUCGGCCAUUCUUGUGGGUGUUAAGAGCUUUGGCAGACGGUGAGAAACAAGAAGAUAAACUAAGUUGCAAAGAAAAAUUGGAAAAACAAGGUUUGAUAGUGCCAUGGUGUUCCCAAGUGGAGGUUCUUUCACACCCUUCCGUGGGAUGUUUCGUGACUCAUUGUGGGUGGAAUUCUACAUUGGAGAGUUUGGUUUUGGGCAUUCCAGUUGUGUGUUUACCGCAAUUUACAGACCAACCAACAAAUGCGAAGCUUUUAGAAGACGAAUUCAAGACGGGGUUAAGGGCAACGAAGAAUGAUGAAGGAAUAGUUGAAGGUGAUGAGAUCAAGAGGUGCAUUGAAUUGGUUAUGGGAGAUGGAGAGAUUGGAGAAGAAAUACGGAAGAAUGCUGAAAAAUGGAAGUAUUUGGCAAAGGAAGCUGUGAAGGAAGGUGGAUCGUCUCACAAGAAUCUUAGGGCAUUUGUGGACGAGAUUGAAGAUGGUUUUUAGUUAGAUUAGCAUUUUCAUCUUAACAGUUGUAUUUGUGUGUAAGAUUUCUUUCAUGUGUGAUUCCAUAUAUAUAUAUAUAUAUAUUUUCUCUUCUUCUUGUAAGGAAAUAAAAAUUAAUGUGUUUCUAUAUUGUAUCACUUUUAUUUCA